AGGGCCGCCUCUGCCCAAGCAAGCGCAGCAGGCUGAUCUGCUUAUUGGAGACCUGGUGGGGUGGGGCAAGCUACAGUGUAGCGACGUCAGGCAGUACCGCUUCCGUCUGCUGCUGGCCGGAACUGUGGGGGGCAGCUAUGGGGGCGCAGCUUAGCACGCUGGGAGGUAUUGUGAUUUAUCCAGUAUGGCUAGUUUACACCUUCAUCAUGCGGCUCUUCAGGAAACCCCAUCCAGCAAUUACCUUGCAAGACCCUGAAGUGAAAUAUGCAUUAAGACUGAUUGACAAGGAGGAAGUUAGCCAUGAUACAAGGAGAUUUCGUUUUGCCCUUCCAACUCGAGAGCACAUUCUGGGUCUCCCUAUAGGACAGCACAUCUACUUGUCUACUCGGAUUGAUGGGAAUCUGGUCAUCAGACCCUACACACCUGUGUCCAGUGAUGAUGACAAAGGCUUUGUGGAUCUUGUUGUGAAGAUUUACUUUAGAGGGGUCCAUCCAAAGUUCCCUGAUGGAGGAAAGAUGUCUCAGUACUUAGACAGCCUCAAAAUAGGAGAUACCAUUGACUUUAGGGGACCCAGUGGCUUACUUGUCUACCAAGGAAAAGGCAAGUUUGCUAUUCGUCCUGACAAGAAAUCUGAACCUGUUACAAGAACAGUGAAAUAUGUUGGAAUGAUUGCAGGUGGAACUGGGAUAACACCCAUGCUACAACUUAUACGAGCCAUCAUGAAGGAUAAAGAUGAUCCCACUGUUUGCAAUCUUCUGUUUGCUAAUCAGACUGAAAAGGAUAUCCUGUUGCGCCCAGAACUAGAGGAAGUCCGGGUUGAAUAUCCGGACCGUUUUAACCUUUGGUACACAUUGGAUAGAGCACCAGAGAAUUGGGAGUAUAGCCAGGGGUAUGUGAAUCAAGAUAUGAUCAGAGACCACAUGCCUCCACCUCAAGACGAUGUUCUGAUCCUAAUGUGUGGUCCUCCUCCAAUGAUCCAGUAUGCUUGCACCCCCAACUUGGACAAGCUGGGGUACAUCAAGGACAUGGUGUUCUCCUACUAAAGAUGACUGAGGGUAUGGUUAUGCAGUAGGGUGGAGAGAAUCAUGGAAGGAAAAGCAUUUAAUGGGGAACAAGACAAAAUACACACAAGGGUGGGUGAUACACAGUGCUGGGAAGUUCCAUUUCAAUUAUAAAUGCGUAUUUCUUCAUGGCUUAGCAGACUUAAAAAAAGUGUCAGAAUGUAUUAUGUUUCAUGCUGUACCAAAACUUGGUACAGCAUGAAUGUCACCAUAUUGUAGUUGGACAGUGGUGUGUGGUACUCUUUUACAGUGCACAUACCACUUGCAUCUGACAGAAAGACCACUGAAUUAUAUUCAGUCUCCCAGCCAAUAGUAGAAGUUUCUUGGAGAAGAACUAUUAUGUUGACUUAAUGCUAUAAUCAGGAGUAACUAAUUACUUACCAACACUGUACAUCUGGUAUUUCAUGAGGUUGAGAGUGCAUGUUUAUGUACCUUGCUAUACCAAAUCAUAAUCCUCACAACGCUUUUAUAGUAAGGGGGCCAAGAGCACCUGCAUCAUCCAGCACUCCUUACAGCAGCAAAAGCUUCAGGCUAACUUUUGGUUGAAGGCUGGCAGUUAACUGGUUGCAACAGAAGUGCAAGGCAUCACUUUAACACACAGCAGUAUGAAGAACAGAAGAGUUUACUUCCAGUUUUCUGUGUUUCAGAUUUUUAAAAAAGUAUAAAGAGUAAACCUUUUCCAGCUAGUCACCUGUUGUAACCAUUCCCAUCCCAUGACACUGAAAUGAGGUCUUAAAGGCAGAAGGCUUUGUGCACUAAUUCUUUGAAGAAUUGGGGGUGGAGGGGUGUCUCGGGGUUUGUUUGUUUUUUUACUCAGAAGAGCUGAUGGUGCUGUUAUGGAAAAAGAACAGUUGUGCGUGUUCCCUCUGCAGGAAAUCUAUCUAUAUAGAUCUGACAGGUUAGUCCCUUUUCUCUAGGACUUCCCUUCUGACCUUUCUCCGCUGCUGUGCUCAGCAAUGACUGCACAGAAGGCAGUUCUUCACUGUGCUGUGUUUAACCACAUAGUCUGUUGUCCUUGUAUACAAUUACUCCUACCUAUACGGUAAAAAAAAAAUCAGGGCCUCCACCCUACAUGCUUUGCUCAAGCAAAACUCAAGUAGAAGUCUGCCUGGAAAAGCUGUUGUCAGCUCAACCUUAAGUCAAACUGACAGCAAUUUUAAAAUGUCUCUGAAUCCAAAAGUGCUUCUUAAGGACAGUAGUUUGAUGUAGCUGAGAGUUAAGCAGCUUGUACCUAAUAUUAAUGCAUCUCAUAACCAAAAUUUUCUACCUUCAAGAGGUAGAGAUACUCCCACGUCUGAAAGUGAUCCGCAGGCCAAACUUAAGUAAUAAGAUCUUGUUCUGAUAAAUAAAAUGAUGAAGGCUGGAAGCAUUUACUAGCCUGCAAAGUACUAGUUAAAAGCUGCUUCUGUUGUCGAGUGAUCUCUAAUUUUUAUUGUACAGAGAUGCAAGUCACUAUCUGAGAUAAUUUGCCAUGUCCUCUGUGCCUACGUACAAGCUUGGCUUUCUCUACUUAAGGCUAAUUUCUGGUUUGACUUCAGUGAGGAAAAGCUAAACCUGUGACAAAUAAUUCUAUUAACUUAAUUUUAUUAGCCAGGCCUCUGUCUGGGACCUCUUGACUUAUGUGCUUCUUGUAGUCUGAAAUUUGUUCUUUCAAACAACUGUAUAUUAUAUACCAAUAGUUUCCUCUACAAGUUUAAAUCUGUCUUUGUAACAAGUAACCAGUGAAAAUUUAAACAGUGCUCAUUCAUUCAUAUCCAUGUGGGGGAAAACAUACCCAAAGACCUUGUCAUAACUGUAUUAACACUUAAUUUUGAUGAGUAACUUCAGCUGGUCAAUUGUAAACUGUUUUGUAUUCCUUAUCCUGCAUAUUUAGCUACUGGGCUUUUUUCAAAAUGUUUGUGCAAGAAAUAAAAUAUUUUACAGUUGAGUUA